AUGGUGUAUAAACGUGAUACGCAGCCUGCAACAAAACAUUGCGAAUUAGAAUUCGAAGAAAGGGCCUACAACUAUUUGCGAUUGACGACCAAUGAAAACGGGGAGUACAGCCUUGAAUACAGCUUCGAUACAUGUGGUGGCAACGUGACCAAUAGUCAUCAAAUCAUACGCCCUCAGAAACAUGAACACCUCGACGUAUAUGCCAACAAUAUGAAUUGUGUGUGGUAUGUAACAGCUCCAGCCGAUCACUCCAUUGUGGUGCGUUUUAAAUAUUUCAACAUGGAAGAGCGCCGUGAUCAUUUGAGCGUUUACUCGGGACAUGCUAUAUUGGGCGAGAAACGUGUUAGCCAGUUGUCGGGCAACCUAAUGGACACAUUGCCCACCAUCAUUGUCGAUCACAACCAAGCCGUUAUCAAUGCCAUCUCUGAUUCCGUAAUUGCGGCCAGUGGCUUCGAGGGCCAAAUUGUCUUCAUACCGAAUUGCAAUGAACGCAUUUCGCUUACCGAUGGCAACUCACCCGUCAGUCUGGCCCGUAACUAUGCCACAUCAAGGGAUGGCAAAGAGUAUAUGUGUCUCUAUCGCAUAAACGCUCCCAAAGGAUAUCGCAUACGAACGGAUAUUAAAAAAUUGGAUAUCAAUGAUGGCCUCUCGAAUUGUUCAUCUGCAGAGAAUGGCCAAUGUACGAAUGAUUCGUCGGCCUGUAACUUUGUCGAAGUAUUCGAUAGUGUUGAGGUGAAACAGCCGUCCAUGGGAAAAUUCUGUAAUGCCGCCAACACCACUUUGUUCAGUUCAUACAAUGAUGCAAUGUUAAAAUUCAUUGGCGCCCAAGAGAGGUCAUACAGUUUCGAAAUAAUUCUUACCAUGGAAAAGAGCGAGUGUGGCACAACGGAUGUAUAUACAUUGGGAGUAGAUGAGAGAUACACCAUAACUAUGCCGCAGAAUCACAAAGCAACAUAUAGUCCGAAUUUACAUUGUACAUGGCGCUUCAAAAUAAGCAGGCCGGUUUUGUUGCGAUUCAAUUACAUUGAUUUGCAAAAUGUAUCACAAAUAUCUGGUGAAUGUUUGGACUAUAUACGAGUGAAUAGAUAUUAUAAUUUCCAUCAACUUUGUGGCCAUAGCUCUUCGUAUCUGGGAUACGAAUGGGGAGUAGUAGAUAAAAAAUUCGAAAUAACUUUUCACAGUGACGCCACGGAGGAAGCUAAAGGAUUUCAACUUGUAAUUGAGCCUAUAAGUGUAUGCGGUCAGACAUAUUCUCAUCCAAAUGGACUUUUGGACUAUUUGUACAGUGUGAAAAACUGCCAAACAAAUGUUACUGUUGCCGAAAACACCAACCUCAAUUUCUAUAUAUGGGACAUAAUGUUUGGUGACCCCAAUGAAGGCAAACAUUACAAGAUAGUUGACCUCAAGACCAACACUACCGUUUUUCAUCGAUCGGAAGAUAUUCUUAAACCGGUAGCUGUUUUUCUUAACACGAGCACGGUGCAAAUUGAGGCUGUAAAUGUAACAUUCGGAUUGGUAUUUUAUUCCAUCAGCCAACGUACUUCGAUUCCCGGCUGUGGUGGUACAUAUACUUUGCACAGAGGCCUGAUCAUUAGUCCAAAUUAUGAGAAUGAACGCAUGUUUACAAAUUGUUCAUGGAUCAUUCAGGUGCCAGCUCCAAAUAGUGUAAAAAUUAAAUUUCUCGACUUCAAUAUGGGCACCAUUGCCAAUUGUCAUUUGGACUAUUUACAAAUGUACGACAUUAUGCCCGAUGGCAGUGAACAACCGUUGAAGACAUUGUGCGGACCUGAUACACCUAGGGAAAUAAUUAAAUCAUCGUCAAAUGUAGUGCGUUUAAUAUCGAAGACCACACCGAAUUUUGAUGGUUCAGGCUGGUCACUUAGUUAUAAUAUUGUUUAAAAUUUAUUAAAAUAAUUGUAAAUAAUAUAAAUACCUAUCAUACAUAUA